AUGCGACAUUCUAUCGCAGCUUCAUCUCAGUUUAGUGGUGGUAGCAAUACGCAAACUGGUUUCGAAGAGGCGUCGACGCCAUCCAGAGCGCCAAGUACAAUAGCUUCCGGAGCAGCAGACGCAAGAAACACGGAAGCAUCCGCAAGGCAACCUCUAUCAGAGAAGAAAGGUUUGCCGAAUAUGCAUAUUGGCCUUCAUCUGAAAGAAGUGGCAAUGGAAUACGGCGGUUGCAAUAUGGUGUUUACAUUAUUAGGAGAGGAUAAACACAGAGAAUUUAAGGCCGAUAUUUUACACACCAACUUCCAUAAUGCUGCAGCAACUCUGAUCCAUAGAGAAAAUUAUCGGCUUACUGUCUCUUUUCUACUUAACGGCUGUUUUGCUAUAACAAACCCAGAGUGCCACGAACUCUUCUCUAUAAUCUUACGCGGCUGCCCAACGCUUUGCAAAUCACUCAACCCGCGACCAGGAGAAGAUGAAAACAAUAUCGAAGAAACAUCCGAAAUCGAGCUGAUUAGCGAUUUAAAACACAAAGAUCCGAUAGCGCUUCACCGAGUUCUAUAUAGCAAGCAAGAUUCUGUUCGAGAUCCCCUCAUUGGCAUGCGAAGCACGAGAGGCCUCGGUGAAGAGCACGAGUUUUGCCAUAAGCUAGAAGAGGCAUAUAAAAAGAGUUACGGCCAGUCUGUUUUUCCACACCUUGAAUCAGGCAUGAUCCAGUGGUCCCGCAAAGUGUCUUUUGCAACCAGGCGUACCGAGCGUAUUUGCUUUCAGCUAGGGGAUUUUAUUGCGACUAGAUCCUCAUACGCGCGUAUUAUGGCUUUAUUUAUCCACUCUCGAGCGGUAUCCCGACAUCUAUUUGCCAUCGUCCAGUUUGCAGUUCCAAGAAGCGGCAAUGAAGCCAAAGAGUUCCUGCUAGACGUUGACAUCUACGAUCUAGAAGAGGAGCGGCAUAUUAUCGGUUUACCAGACAUCGGAGAUGAGAGAUUAUGGAUGGUCCCUCGGUAUGAUGGCAGCUUUUUAUUUAUUGAUCACAAUGUGUAUUUUAUGUAG